UAAAUUAUCAUGGUUUUGCAUCAUCACAGCUGCCUCCCCACACCACCACCUUAGCUCCUCCAUUCUGGCAUCCAUCACUCUUUUUUGUCUUUUUCUUUCUUUCUUCCUUUUCCCAUUUUUUUCCUUUUUAGUUUUCAGUUCAUUUUUGGACCCUGUUGGCUGAGUUUCGGUCUUCUCUCAAUAUUAAAGCCCUAAAACUUCCCAGAAACCUCCCAAACCAAGGCCUCAACUUCACCCUCCAUUUCUUUUUCUCUAACCCUCUGGAUUAGCACUUAGUACUGGCCUGCUAUUUGUAUUCAAGAGUCUUUCUCUUCAUUUAUAGUUGGUGUACUCUGUUUAUGCCAGCCAAAUUUAGGUAAGUGAAGUGACAGAAAAAUGAUUAGUUCAGGUUCAUUUUUGAGGCAGCUAAGUGGAAAAGAAGGUUGGAAAUCCACAUCCUGGAGAUGGGGAGGGAACAAUAAGCAUAACAACGUUGGUGGGAAUGGUUGUGGUGGGUUUGAGACAAGCUUAACACAGAUGCAAGGGCUUGAGAUGAAUGGCAAUGGGGUUGACAAUGGGUUGGUUUUAAGGAAGAAAGUGAUGGUUGUUGUGGACCAAAGCUCACAUUCUAAGCAUGCUAUGAUGUGGGCACUUACUCAUGUGACUAACAAGGCUGAUUUGCUCACUUUACUUCAUGUUAUUUCUCCUAGCCGGAAGAGUUCUGAGUCAUCUUCUUCUUCUUCUACUAAUCUUGCUAGCUUUCUUGGGUCACUUUGCAAGGCUUGUGAACCUGAGUUUCUGUCUUCUGGAAAAAAAAAUGAAAUCUUGUCCUUUGAGUACCUUUUUGGUGAGAGGUUUUCCCUGGGUUGUGUGAGAGAUGCCAUUGCUGUAAAUCAUGUAGAAGUGGAAGCACUGGUUAUCCAAGGGCCCAAGCUGGCGACAGUGUUGGACCAAGUGAAGAAGCUAGAGGUUUCAGUGUUGGUACUGGGUCUGAAAAGGCCCCCUCCAUUCUUAAACUGUCUCUGCGGGACCAGCAGCUCUGAGGAGUUUGUGGAGCAAUGCAUCAAUAAUGCGGAUUGCUCAACCAUAGGGGUCAGGAAGCAGAGCAAAGGCGUCAAUGGCUACCUUAUCAGCACUAGAUGGCAAAAGAACUUUUGGCUUUUGGCUUAA